AUUUAAACAGAGUUGACGUUAUUUCCGUCUCGCUUGUACACGAUUUCCGGAACGCAGUUUCCGUCAGGAGUUCAUUUACUAGCCGGUUUUAUUCUCCUACACUGAGCUUGUAAAAUGUCUUCGGAUGUUUUAUCCCCGAGUGAGUCGGUGUCGGCUCCCGGCGGAACCGCGGGCUUCGUGAUCGGAGACUCGGUUUAUUCCGGAGUUUUGUUGGCUAUAGACAGCUCUGUGGUGCCGGAGGAGAAGCGCACAGACACCCCGUCUAUGAGGGACGGGCUGGAGCUGCACAUCGAGACCGAGCUGAGGAUCCUGGGCUGUGAACUCAUCCAGUCCGCUGGGAUCCUCCUGAGACUCCCUCAGGUUGCAAUGGCCACAGGACAGGUUCUCUUCCAGCGCUUCUUUUACUCCAAAUCUUUCAUCAAACACAACUUUGAGAUCGUGGCCAUGGCAUGUCUGAAUCUGGCCUCUAAGAUAGAGGAAUGUCCCAGGAGGGUGCGUGAUGUCAUCAAUGUGUUCCAUCACCUGAAGGAGGGAGUAGGGAAGAGGAGUGCUCCACUGUUCCUUGAUCAGAAUUACAUCAACACCAAAAACCAGGUGAUUAAAUCUGAGCGUCGUGUGCUGAAGGAGCUCGGCUUCUGCGUCCAUGUCAAACACCCGCACAAGAUGAUCGUGAUGUACCUGCAGGUGCUGGAGUGUGAGAAGAAUCAGAUCCUGGUGCAGACAGCCUGGAACUACAUGAAUGAUGCGCUCAGGACCGACGUGUUUGUGAGGUUUGAACCAGAGACCAUUGCCUGUGCCUGUAUCUACCUGGCUGCUCGUACUCUACAGAUUCCUCUCCCCACCAGGCCACACUGGUUCCUCCUGUUUGGAGCUUCAGAAUCAGAUAUCGGAGAAAUCUGUAUCAGCACACUGAAGCUGUACACCAGGAGAAAGCCGGACGUUGCACAGUUGGAGAAGGUGUUGGAGAAGAAGAAGAUGUGUCUGGAGGAGGAGAAGCUGAAGGGAAAGUGUGUGAACUACAGCAUCACUCCAGCUCUCCACCACACCAGUACCUUCUCUCCUGCUUCCAAACCUGGUUCUCCCAGGGAGGUGAAGACUGCAGAAAAUGGUAAACAAGCGAGAGAGGAGAAAGAGGAGAGACCCCUGAACUCCAACAGCAUUAUCCCAAGGUGUGUGUGGGGGGUGUGUGUGUGUGUGUGGGGUGUGUGUGUGAAGAGGUUCAUGGUGAUAGUAUGUUUGUUUUAUUUUUUUCCUCAAAGUGCGAAAACGGAUGAUAGUGGAGUCUUGCUGAAUGGUCACACUACCUCAAGGAGGCGCUCUGCAUCCCCCUCUCCCCACACCCGUCGGAGUCGCUCAGGAACCUACAGCUCUCCCAGCAGCCACAGUUCGUCACCACAGCAACACAGAACCCGGAGGUCACCACAAGUUAGGAGGGAUAAGAGUCGCCAUGGAGACAGGCGAAGACGGUCCCGCAGCGACUCACUGAACCGUCACCGUGACGACGGGAAACGCAAGCAGGAGCACUGGGAGAGGAGAGAGCGGGAGCGGUCACAUGAUCGUGGGCGGUCGUGUGAUUACGGGGGUAAACAUGAGAGCAGAACACAUUCAGCACACUCUCGCCAUCGUAGGUGAACUUCCUGUCUGACUCUGUGGCCAGAGAGGAUGCUGAUUGGUUAUGUCAGAGAUCCAGUGAGAAUGUAGAGGAGGCUACAGCUAUGGCACAUGCAGGACGUUAGCCAACGAUUUCUCUGCCUCAUAGAUUACUGGCUAACAUUUAGCUACGUGCUUAACUUCUAGCUGUCUGGCGUACUGCACAGAGCCAGGAAACAUGAGAGGAUACAAAGCCUGAACAAAUGUACAGUGAGUUACACUAUGUGAAAAAGAUACAGAACUCCACCUCUUUAGCAUUCUCACUGGUUGGUGCACAUAGUCAGUUACAAUCCUUUCUGCCCUGAGGCUGGGUCUGGGGUCUGGUGGGCGGAGCUCCAGUUUUAGCUUUGGGUCUGUUACACAGCCACACAGAGGAAGGUGAGAACUUGGAUUGGAGUGAUGGGAAAGCAGGAGGCGGGGCUUGUUCACUACAGAGCUUCACAUUGAAGAGCUGAGAAAUAUCAGUGCCUUUUGAUGCCCUUUUUUAUCAGACUUGAAUAAUGCAGGUAUGUGUAUCAGGGAAAUGCACGUGUGUGCACAUUAGUGUGUGUGAGAGGGGUGCGUGCGUGUGAGAGGGGUGCGCGUGUGGGAGAGGCGGGUGCGUGUGUGUGUGUGUGAGUGAGCUGCACGUGUGAUGGCACACAGCUGGAUUUCUGUGCUCUGUCCCACUCACUGCCUCUCUUAGCUGAGUUCUUAUUUUUAAAUGCUUUUAAUAAAUGCUUUUCACUAAUA